CCAAGGUAUAGCAAAGUUUUUACUUGCCUAUAGUAGGAACACGUAUACAGUAAAUCCUGGCCGUUAAUUUAUUCCUAUAUGCUUGCUUAUCGCGCUAUCGCCGCGAGCUGUCUAACCUCCAACACCGAAACUGAAAGUUUCAUUACAAUACUACAUAUGUCAAGGAAACCAAGCCUCCGUUACCGCCAAUGAUCAAAGCGCGAGUUCUGUGCGAGGAUUGCCAAAGCACCUAGCUCCAUUCAGUCGCUUUUCGCCAAUACCUGACAACGGCGAACCUACAUAGCAUAGUUUUGAAGUUUACGUUAAUUUAUAUCUGACUUGGGUACAGAGCCAUGACUUCAGCUGCUGAACCUUCAAGUGAUGCGGGCGCCAUGGCAGUGGACAUGCAGCGCGUGGCCCAGGACACUGACUGCCCUUAUCCUAUUCUACCUUCCGUACUAUACAAAAUGAACGAGGAAAAGGAUGGCGAGAAGCUCGCAAAGUUGGGCGGGGCCGCGGGCCUGGCUAAAGCCCUCGACACUGACCUGCACUCAGGCCUAGGCGAAGUGGCAGGGCUGGGGGGCGUGGUUGCACACAGAGAAGCCUAUGGUCCCAACUCUUACCCAAGCAAGCCGCCUCCCUCCUUCCUGCUGAUGCUGGUGGAGGCGGCGAAGGACCCCAUGAUCAUCAUCCUGCUCGUGGUGGCGCUGAUCACCAUUGUCGUGGGCGCGGCGGUACCUGAGCAGCGAGCGCAUCACGGCUGGUCCGAGGGCGUGGCGGUGCUGGGUACGGCCCUCAUCGUGAUAUUCAUCGGUGCGGGUCAGGACUACUCCAAGGAGCUGCAGUUCAUGAAGCUCAACGCGCUGAAAGACAGCAUCGACGUCAAGGUACGGCGAGGAGGCCGGCAGGUGCUGGUCCCCAACACCGAGGUGGUGGUGGGCGAUGUGCUGCUUCUGGACACCGGAGACAAGGUGGUGGCGGACGGCAUCGUCUUCGAGGCACAUGGUCUGGUGCUGGAUGAGGCGUCGCUGACGGGAGAGAGUGAUCCGAUUAAGAAGGACGCGGAGCAUGACCCGUGGGUCAGGUCGGGCACCACGGUCAAUGAGGGCAGCGGCUACAUGCUAGUGCUGGCGGUGGGCGUGAACAGUCAGUGGGGCAAAACGCUCAUGUUGGUUUCGGAGGCAGGAGACGACCAGACGCCGCUGCAGGAGCAGCUGACGGACGUGGCAGCCAAGGUGUCCAAGAUGGGCGUGCUUGUGGCGGUGGUGUGCUUCCUGGCGCUGCUCAUCAAGUGGCUUAUCAUAAACAAGGGCGGCGAUGUGAGCAAAAUCAAUGACAACGGCCCGCUGCAGUUCCUGCUGUACGCCAUCACCAUCACCGUGGUGUCCAUUCCGGAGGGACUGCCGCUGGCCGUCACUCUCACCCUCGCUUACUCGAUGAAAAAAAUGAUGAAGGACAACAACUUUGUUCGUGUGCUGUCGGCCUGCGAGACCAUGGGCGGAGCCACCGCCAUCUGCUCCGACAAGACCGGCACCCUGACGGAGAACCGCAUGACGGUGGUGGAGGGCUGGUUCGCGGGCACGUCGUACGGCAGUGUACCGCAGCCGGAGCAGUUGAGUCCGUUGGUGCUGGAUCUGCUCAAGUACAACUGCGCGCUGAACAAUAAGGCCUUCCUGGAAGACAAAGAUAACGGCGUCAUCAACUUUGUGGGCAAUCGCACCGAAUGUGCGCUGCUGGUGCUGCUGCGCAAGCUGGGCAUCAACUAUGUGACGGUGCGGGAGGAGCGGGAGCCGGAUCAGGUGCAGCUGUACGGUUUCUCCUCGGCUCGCAAGAUGGCCAGCGUGCUGCUGCGGGAGCCCUCGGGCCAGCUGCGGUUGUACAACAAGGGAGCUGCGGAGUGGGUGCUCAGAAGGUGUACGGCACUCCUGCGUCCGGACGGCAGUACGGAGCCCAUGGACCCCCGCAAGCUGGAGGAAAUGAUCACCCUGGUCACAAGCAUGGCUAAGAGGGGCCUACGCUGCAUCUGCCUGAGCUACCGAGACUACCCGGCGACGGAUCCGGAGCGUCCCCCGGACUUCUUCGAGGAUGCUGACAAGGUUGACAACGGCCUGAUCGCGUUCGCCAUCGUGGGCAUUAAGGACCCGGUUCGACCCGAGGUGCCCGCAGCGGUGGCGACCUGCCAGGCGGCGGGCAUCGUGGUGCGCAUGGUGACAGGCGACAACAUUCACACCGCAAAGCACAUUGCGCGCGAGUGCGGCAUCCUCACCGACGACUGCAUGGCCAUGGAGGGACCCGUGUUCCGCGGAAUGCCCGCGGGGGAUCUCAUUCCGCUGCUGCCUAAACUGCGGGUUCUUGCCCGCUCCUCACCUGAGGACAAGUUGACGCUGGUGUCUCUGCUGAAGAAGCAGGGCGAGGUGGUGGCGGUGACGGGUGACGGCACCAAUGAUGCGCCCGCGCUUAAGGAGAGCGAUGUGGGACUUGCCAUGGGCAUUGCUGGCACGGAGGUGGCCAAGGAGGCUGCUGACAUCAUCAUCCUGGACGACAACUUCUCCUCUAUCGUCAAGUCUGUGCUGUGGGGCCGCUGCGUUUACAUUAACAUUCGCAAGUUCCUGGUGUUCCAGCUGUCCAUCAACCUGGUGGCCAUGAUCUCAGCGGCGGUGGGGGCGCUGUACGGCGGAGUGCCGCCGCUGAACGUACUGCAGCUGCUGUGGGUCAACAUGAUCAUGGAUACCCUUGCUGCUCUGGCACUUGCCACGGAGGAUCCCUACCCGGAGCUGCUGGCUGACAAGCCGCACGGGCGCUCCGAACCCAUCAUCACCGGCCUCAUGUACAUGCACAUGCUGGUGGCGGCGAUGUACAAGCUCUUCUGGCUGUUCGCCUGCUUGUACGGGCUGCCGCGAGUCAUCGACAGCUACGCUGUCAUCGGCCAGGACGAGUACUACCGCGACUCUUGCGUCGGCGUGCUGGAGGACAAGGGCUUCAACGCCACCAUGCAGACGCAGCUGUGCGGCAUCAUGGCCUGGUGCGGCUUCCCGCGGGGCGCCCUGGAGCGGGAAACGCUCCUCUGCCCGCUGUUCGACCCAUGGGUCACCUACCAUACCACCCACAACAGCACCAGCAGCUCCAACCGCUUCCUGCCGGUGCCCACCGACCAGCAGGCCGCAGUGUGCAUCGGCUACCCGUCCAGCGAGAGCUGCCCCCUCAACGAGGAGCUGCUCCGAGCCCAGAAGGACAUGGAGAAGGCGUACGACAGGGACAUGAUGGAGAGCUACAAGCCGGCGCUGUCGGUGCUGUUCAAUGCCUUCAUUUUGGCUCAGGUUGCUAACGCCUUUGUAUCGCGCCGUAUCGGGCUGGAAAUGAACUUCUUCAAGGGGCUCAGCCACUCGCAUGUCUUCAACACAAUCAUGGUACUCAUCACGGCGCUACAGGUCAUCAUCAUGCAGACGCCCGUGUCGUACGUUUUUAAGGUGGAGCCCCUGAACGGUCCCGAAUGGGGCGCAUGCAUCGCCAUCGGCGUGGGAGCCAUCCCCUUCUCCUGGCUGGUGCGCCUGCUGGCCCGCGCAGCUCUCCCCAUGGCAGGCAGCCAGUCCUGGCUGGCCGGUCUGCGGGGCAGUCGAGCCAGCCAGAUCACCGCCUCGGGCGCCGCACCCAUGCGGUUGGCGGCGCAGGGGCGCUCCCUGUCAGGUCGCACUAUCUCCGGCGUCCCUGCCGCCUCAUCAGCCACCUUGGGAGGUACCGCUGGGAGUAAAUCUCUUUCAGGGCGGUCUGCGUCGAGUGGUUUGGGCGGUAACAGUGGUAACAACAGCCCGUCCUUUGCGCUGAAGACCAUGUCUGGGCACCCCAACGCGGCGCAGCAGCUGGUAGGGGCAGCAGGAGGCGGGGCUCGGAGUUCCCGGCUAGCGCCCUUGGCGGCCACAGCAGCAGCAGCGGGUGGGGCCAGCAAGUCGGCGGUGCUGCCGGCGGUGGCGGACGGUGCUGGCGGCAGCAGCAGCCUGCAGGUGAUGCGGAUGGGGUCCUCAACGAGAGUGGCUCCGGAACCCGGGACGACGCCGCGGAGGACGGUGACACCAACCUCGGCUUGGGUUGGGUCGGAGCCGGGGGGCCGUUGAUGGCGGGACAGGUGGCUUGAAGUGAGAGUCAGAGCGGGGUUCGGGGUCGGAGGUAGGAGACGGAGGUAACUGGGGGAAACGGAAGAACUGUUGGGGCAUGUGGUCUGUCCUUGGGUUUGUGUAUUGCUGACAUAUUUGGAGGCACUGCCGCCUGCGAACUUCAUUUCGGUACUACAAGUGUCCUUCGUCACCGGCGCUUUAAACUUAUAUGGUUACAGGCCCGGUACAUGGGAGCUAAGUGUGCUUUAGUGACGGGUUUUCGGCAGCUCAAGAGACAGGAUACCUGCUUUCGAGGACUUGAAUCGCAAGAUUUGGUACCGUGCAGAGCGGCUUUGCAUAUGUUGUACUUGAGGGUGAUAUUGCUGUUGGGGCUGGCACCCAUUGUGAGAGUGAGGGGGCAUGCGACCCAGGUAUUACCAGCAGUUUUUUUGCUGGAUGGUCAAUUGCACAACUUGCAUAUAGCCUUGUUUCAUACUCUGCAUACUUGCACUCGGUAUCCUAUCCUAUCCAAGUGUAUUGUGCCACUCCCAGCCGCCCUGAGAACAAUAACACUUACAUACCUUCGUCGCCACAUGCACUCUUACUCGAUACUCCCUGUGUCCCCUGCGCGUUUUGGCUCUCGUUGUUGCUGUUGUCAAGGUUUGGGGUUUAACAAGGUUUACUCCACAAACACGACUGACUGGGAGGCGGCCUGCAUUUGUGUGGGAAGACAUGCUACUGUCUGCUUGGAGGUUGUCCAGCAGAGCUUGCAUGCAAGCAUGGACGUACUUGCCCAGCAUAGGAAGAGCCGGGUGGACGUUGGUUGGUUGCGGAAAAGAAUGUUCUGCAUGUUUCUGGUUAGUAACCAGGCUUUGAAACGACUGGAAGUGCUGCUUACGUCGAUGCAUGGUGAACACCGAAUGGGGGAUAUCUGCUGACACAGUAAGGACUCUGCGGAGCUGUGCUGUCGCCGUUCAAAAGCAAGUUGAGAACAGGCGACCCAUGGGUCACCAUGGCCCAAUCCGGCGUUGUUUAUGGUUUGUUGUCCCUCAUGACCGCAUUAUGGCUUGGCAAGCUAAAAUGACCCAGGGGAUCAGUUCCAAACACACACACACUGCGAAGAGUGUCGGGGAUUAUGGGGUGUAAGUUACGUUGCUGAGUUGGCUUACGGCAGGUCACGGUCGCUUCGAGACUUGGACUUAACCCCGACUCCUAACGCGCUGCCAUCAUACGGUCAUAUACGUAUGAGCUUGCCUAUCUUGCAACGAUGUCAGCGCGCAUCUGUGCCAACUGCGCCGCUGUGGAAGAAGUCAUGAUCGUGACGUGUAGCACCUGCGUUUGGGUCGUAUGAAGGCUCGGACUUCAACAUUGUAACAAACAAGCAUCAC